AUGUCUUCCCCCUAUUUUGUCACCCUUUUCCUCUCUUUCUCAAGUGUUCUUCAUUGUUUGUGUUUCUCAGAGAAGGGGAAGCUUUUUGAUUUGAAGACGAAGGAGAUGAGAAAGGGUGGUAGAAGAUAUGAUGGAGGAAAAGAAAAGAGGAAUAAGGAUGGAGAGGACGAAGAUGAUGAAAGUGGUGACAUAGGAUAUGGACAAAAGUUGUCGGCAGAGGACGAGGAAUCGAAUAUUUUGGAAUGA